AAAUAAUCGACGUGACCAUCGAAUGACUCCCACCUCUAUCUAGUCGGCCAUCUUUUGACAGAAAAAAAUCAAACGAAUUUCAGCUCGCGAAUCAAUUGUACGCCUGAUUAAAUUAUUAAAAUGGGUUCACGCAACGAGUGCCGCAUCUACGUGGGUAACCUGCCGCCAGAUAUCCGCACCAAGGACAUCCAGGAUCUGUUCCACAAGUUCGGCAAAGUGACGUUCGUCGACCUAAAGAAUCGGCGUGGGCCGCCAUUUGCUUUUGUCGAGUUCGAAGAUGCGCGCGAUGCCGACGACGCAGUUAAGGCGCGCGAUGGAUACGACUACGACGGUUACCGCCUCCGUGUAGAGUUCCCUCGGGGCGGCGGGCCCGGUAGCUACCGCGGCAACCGCGACGGCGGACGCAGCCGUGACGGCGGUCGCAUGGGCGGACGCGGACCUCCGGCCAAGCGCUCACAGUACCGCGUCAUGGUCACCGGGCUGCCGGCCUCUGGCUCCUGGCAGGAUCUUAAGGAUCACAUGCGCGAGGCCGGCGACGUGUGCUUCGCAGACACUUACAAAGACGGCUCCGGCGUGGUGGAGUUCCUGCGUCACGAGGACAUGAAAUACGCCAUUAAGAAGCUGGACGACUCGCGCUUUCGUUCGCAUGAGGGCGAGGUUGCCUACAUACGGGUGCGCGAGGAUAGCGGUGAUGGCGAACGCAGUGGCGGAGGCGGAGGAGGAGGUGGCGGCGGCGGCGGUGGUGGUGGUGGAGGCCGUGACUACCGCGAUAGGUCGCGUUCGCGCUCUUUUUCGUCUAGGCCGCGGCGUCGGGGAACACCCACCUACUCGCCAGUGCGACGUCAAUCCUAUUCCAGGUCUCGCUCUCGCUCUAAUUACUAAACACUACCAAGCAUUAUCCAUUAAUAUAUAAUAUUUCUUACGAGCAGGAAUUUUUAGGGAAAGCAAGCUAAAUUAAGAAACCACAUUCAAUAUUUGUUCAAGCCACAUUGUAAAUUGACUAACCAACCAAGAGAUCAGCCAAGAAAUCAAGUUUGAUCAGCCAACUUUCAAGCUCUCAUCAAAGCAAAACUAAAUUCAAAACCUCAAGACUUGCUUUUCCAGCUGAGCCAAAAGUUCAGAAAAGCAGAGAAGAGUUCCCCUGAACUAGAAUCGGAAUCAUUCAUACUUAAUUUUUGACAAAAACAGUUCGAAAAAGACAAAUGUAAUCCAGGGAAUUGGACGCUUGGACGCAUUUCCUGUAUUGCCUUUGUUGUAUUUUGAGCCUUUGCUCAGCACACACAACCAAUUAUAAUAGAAACCUCAUUUAUGGCUGCAUAAUUUAUUAGCUUUUACCUUAACAAAAGCAAGAAACAAACAUCGAUACAGAAUAAAUAUGUUUAUAAUGAAAGAGAUAAAACAAGAUACCAGAACACAAAUCGCAAUGUCAACCACAUUGAUCAGCAAA